UGGCGGAGUUAGUAGGAGUCGGCUCGAACGCUGCUGCGUUUCUACGUUAUCUGCUUGGAGCGCUUUGUUGGGGCACGAGACUGAGUGAACUGCUUUUAAUGUGGAUACAGGAAUUUGGAACCUGAUGUGAUACCCAGAUCGAAGUUGCGGAUUCAGAAAAGCGUCGUUUUUGCCGGCCUCGGCAUGCGUCCUCUGGCAACGAAAACGAAUCGUCCUAGAUGAGCCUGACAGCCAGCCAAGCGUCUACCACCAGCACAGCGUCUUCAAAGCUCUCGCAUUUUGCAGCGUGUGUAAAUGUGACAUUUGUGCUUGCCCAGAAGAGCGCCCUUUUUGAAUUUGGGCCUCCCAGCAGUCCUGCAACAGAACAUGGUGAGAAGCCACGCCAAGGAAGCGCCCACUACUGUAACUUUUGCGACUAUAAGACUGAGCGCUUGUGGGAUAUGAAAAGGCACACCACGUCUCACACAGGAGAGCGACCGUAUAAAUGUCACCUAUGCCCCCAGAGCUUCCCAUAUAGCGAGAGACUGAAGCAGCACCUGCGAACCCACACUGGUGAAAGACCAUACAAAUGCCACCUAUGCUCCGACAGCUUCUCACGAAGGAACACGUUGACGAAACACCUGCGCAUUCACUCAGGUGAGCGGCCAUACAAAUGUGACAUAUGCCUCAAGAGCUUCUCGCAGAAGCCAACACUGGAGUGCCACAUGUACAUCCAUACAGGCGAGCGCCCAUAUCAAUGCCACGUGUGCCGCAAGAGCUUCAAAAAAAAGAGCACACUUAACAACCACAUGCACAUCCAUACGGGCGAGCGGCCGUAUCAAUGUCCUUCAUGCGCCGAGGCAUUUGUGCAGAGAGUGCACCUGACAAGACACCUCCAGCGGCAUGAAUCAUUCGAGCCAUCCAGCAGUCCUGCAAAAGAACAUGGUGAGAAGCCACACCAAGAAAGUGCCCACUACUGUAACUUUUGCGACUAUAAGACAGAGCGCUUGUGGGAUAUGAAAAAGCACACCAUGUUUCACACAGGAGAGCGACCGCAUAAGUGUCACCUAUGCACCCAGAGCUUCUCAAAUAGCGACAGUCUGAAGAAGCACCUGCGAACCCACACUGGUGAACGGCCAUACAAAUGCCACCUAUGCUCCGACAGCUUCUCGCAAAGGAACACAUUGACGAAACACCUGCGCAUUCACUCAGGUGAGCGGCCAUACAAAUGUGACAUAUGCCUCAAGAGCUUCUCGCAGAAGUCCACACUGGAGUGCCACAUGCGCAUCCAUACGGGCGAGCGCCCAUAUCAAUGCCACGUAUGCCUCAAGAGCUUCACAAAAAAGAACACACUUAACGACCACAUGCACAUCCAUACAGGCGAGCGGCCGUAUCUGUGUCCUUCAUGCGCCGAGGCAUUUGUGCAGAGAGUGCACCUGAGAAGACACCUCCAGCGGCAUGAAUGCGAGUGAUUAUAUCGGUAAAAGUUCUACUGUGCAAACUUUCUGUGAAGACUGGUUGUUCCACAACACUACGGCAGUGCCAAGUUAUGUAGGAUCACA